GGUGCAGGGUUCGAGCUGCUGCCCGGGACCGGCGCUCGGGUAUCUGAUCUGUGAUAAAGACGGCCACCAUUGCGGAGGGGGACACAUGUGCAGAUCCCAUCACAGUCCAGAUAGGGCAGGUGUAUAUGACACCGGACUGAGUGCCGAAGCUAGUGGCGACGGCAGGAAGCUGCUCGGUCGGAGCUUCAAGCCCGCCAUCCCCGGUCCGGCAGUGAAGCUCGAGUGGGGUCACAGGCGCUACUUCAAGGCUGCACCCAAAUUGUACGUACAACCAAGUACCUUUCUUAUCGCCUUCCUUAUCAAGCAGCCCAACGGACAGCUCAGCUCCACUGACCUCACCGCAAUCCUCACCUCACCUUCCGGGAUGAGAGUGAAACAUUAGACAUCGACUCAAUCACAUUUGCUAUUUACUUCACCCAAUAUCAUCAAGACAUCAUCGACGUCCUCCCUCUUUUGUCGAUUGCACCAAACACUCCCGAUUCUGGUUGCGCCGCAGGUUUCCUGAUCUCAGGUAUCGAUCUGGACGGCCAGUGGACAGCUAGCUCACCAACACGGAAGGUGGCAGAAGACGACUCACAAUUACCAUCCGAUGCGCAUUGUGUGACUUUCAGUGUCGGACUUCAAAGCAGGCCGCAUCUAAAGACGAGAAACCAGCGAAUUGUUCUUUUGGGCUACUGGCGACCACCGGGGCUGACCCCUGAUACCCAACCGUCAACCGUGCCAACUCACCCAUCCCUCAGCAGAACCCGACGACGAUAAAAAUCCCAAACGGAACCACUCUCAAAUCAUCACCGUUACAGUCACCACCUCCACUCAGCAUCGCAUCUCAUGUGCCAGUGCCAACCUCGCAGGCCAAGUCCUGUCCGUCAUACUCGCCUUCCUACUUUGUCAUAGCCACGCCUCUACGGAUGUAUAUCCCGGACGCGCGUGAACUAUUCCACACGAUGGCGUCCUUGAUCCCAAUCGUCCAGGAGGUCCUGCCCAUGAUCAUGCCGGCAUCCAUAUCUGUGACCAGAUCCGCCGAUAUACUCCCCCCCUCGGAGCACCACACAUCAGGUGAUCAACAAGCCGAUGACCGGACAGAUGUAUCCCCGAAAACGGUGAUACCAGCAGCAGCACCGACUCCAGCACCAACUCCAGCGCCAGCGGCAGAAGGGCCGCGGGUUAUCAGCAGGGACGCCAUAGUUGGGCAGGCGGAGAGCAUGUGCGCGACAGUCCUCAUUGUGAAGCCCCGAUCAUCCUCUUUAAUACACCACAACGGAGAGCAAGAAACAAUCAUCUACGUGACAUCCGGCACGGGCGUCCUCCUCGCCCAGCCAAAAGACGAAGACGAGCAGCACCCCGAACGCCACGUGCUCGGAAAGGGGGACCUUGCGUAUAUUCCUGCGUGGCUCGAGCACCAGGCUGUUAACGAGUCGGAGGUGGAGGAUUUGGUGAUGGUGGUGGUGCGGAGCGGGUCGGCGCCUGUGGAGGUUAACUUGAGGGGUUGGGGCGGAGCGGAGGUGAAGGAGGGGAGGUCAUGACUUGGGUGUUUUUGUUUUUUAUUUAUUUAUUGACAUAUAAAUGGAAAUUAUCUACGCAUAUAUAGGAAAUAUCUAACCUAUUUACAA